CCUCUUUUGCUACGUAUCAAUACCGAUGACAGUAUUUACUUUCCACCACAUGCUUAGCGGAGGGUUUAGGAAGAGAAACUUUGCCUUGUGUUUAUAGCAGCAGUUCAAUUUUCCUUCAGACUUUAUGAAGAUUUUUGAGCAGCCAUGGAUGGAGAUGUGCUGUCUUUGUCAUCUUUCUCAUCGUUAUCAUCAGCAGCAGGAACACAGAAAGAUACUUCACCAAAGAGCGACAGCAGCCUCCCUCAGAACCAACAGGAACGCAAAUCAGCUGAAGAAUUAUGGACAGAGAAUUUGAAUCCCGUGGGUGACAGGCUGCUGUCCACAGAGGAGCAAGUCACUCUGAUCACUGAGAGUAUGACUGUCACCUCUACUGACCAGGAAAAACUGCUGCUGCUAAACAAGAACACUGAGCUACGCAGAGUCAACAAAGAGUUGAUGAAGCUUAAUGAGGACUGGGAUCAGGUGUACCGCAGUGCCACGCUGGGUUUACAGCACAGACUGGAGGCUUUGGAGCUGGAGAACACUGCCAUCAAACAGCUCAACAGCAGACUGCUGCUCAAAGUCGAGCACCAACAGAGUGCAAAGGAGUACUAUGAGCAGGCGUUGAUGCAGGAGCUGAAGAAGAACCAGGAGCUGCAACAAUACAUCAGACUGCUGGAGAGCAGGUUGCACCACCCAGAUAAAGACUGCACACCUGCCAAACAGGGCAGCUUCAGUGCUGUAAUACGUGAUCCUGCAUCAUGCUCCACCAGUAAUCCUCCAGGAGGUCCCAACCUGUCACACAGUCACGUCUCUGGAUACAACCCUUCACCCUCCUUUUUCCCAGCUUCUUCAAGCCCGGAGGCAGAGUGGCAGGGAAAAAGCCAAAGCAGCAAUACCCCACUGGGAGCACUGGGAGACUCACGGCAAGAGGUGCAGGAUCUAAAAGACCAGCUGGAGGCUCUGAGAUGUCAGACCCAGAUUUAUGAAGCAGAAUAUGAGACGGAGCAUAACGAUCACAAACACACACUGCAGGAGAACCGGAGGCUGAGGAAGAAGAGGGAGGAGAUGCGCCAACAGGUGGCACUACUGCAAGAGCAGCUCAAGGUUUAUGAGGAUGACUUCCGAAGGGAGCGGUCUGACAAACAGAUGCUGCAGCGACUGCUGAUGAAGAAAACACCUCCAAACAAAGAUCCUGUGCUUGUCCACCGCUGCAAUAAUGAACAGCAGCCACUGGGAGGAGACAAGAGGACACAAAGUGGAGAGAAAAGAAAACAGCACCACCCACUCUGCCCCAAGCACCUGAACAGGGACAAAGAGUCAGACUGAGGGUCAGAAAGAGAGAGAGAGAGAGAGAGAGAGAGAAAAAAGCAAAACACGAUCGCACACACAGUAAAUUAAACUCUUAUACAAAUACUUUAUCUCAUCUGGAAAAGCAGCCUACAGAGGCUCUCCACUGAGUUCAAACAAGUAACAUUGGACUGUACAUGCAAAUUUAGCAUGCCGUCACACUCACUAACAGCACUUUUAUCUGAUCAAUUUAGAGAAAGAAAAGGAGUUGGAAAUACCCCUUCAGAAUAAAGACAGGUUGCAGUUAAAAUGUAGAUUACAGUCUGUUUAUUCUGUAUUCUGUAUAUUACUUAACAGAAACAGUCACAAACGUUGUUACCUAUAUAUAUUUAAUAUGUCUAAUAUAUCUUUUUUUAAAUAUCUAGCAAUGUAUUUUUGUUAAAAUUAUGUUUACUGAUUGUUUUCAAAGCCAUUUUAAAAAAUAACCAUGAAGCUAAAAUAAUAAACUAAAUCAUAAUCAA